AUGGCUGCUCCAGCACAGAACAAGGACCGCCAAUUCCUGGCUGUUAUUGGGGAUGAAGAUACAGUAACCGGACUGCUUCUUGCAGGCGUUGGCCAUGUUACUGCGCCGCCCGAUUCGCAGAAGAACUUCCUCGUUGUCGACAGCAAGACAGAGAACAGUGCUAUCGAAGCGGCCUUUGACCGGUUCACAACAGAGCGAAAAGAUAUCGCGAUCUUGCUCAUAAACCAACACAUCGCCGAACGCAUAAGACAUCGGGUCGAAACGUACACGGCAGCCUUUCCUGCGGUGCUCGAGAUUCCUUCGAAAGACCAUCCCUAUGACCCAGAGAAAGAUAGCGUGCUGAAGCGCGUACGGAGACUAUUUGGAGAAUAG